AACGAAAUGAAGAUCAGUGAUAAAAUUGAUUUAAUCAGAAAUAACGAAGCAACUAAAGACAAUGUAUUAUACUCAUUUGAGUACUUUCCCCCAUUGACAGACAAAGGAAUUGAGAAGCUGUAUGAUAGGAUUGAAAGAAUGUCUUCUAUCAAUCCCCUGUGGAUUGAUGUUACUUGGAGAGGAGGCUCUACUUCUCAAAUCACACUUGAGAUGUGCCAACAUGCUCAGAUGUUCACAGGUCUCGAUGUCAUGAUGCAUUUAACCUGCACAAACAUGACAAAAGCUGAUCUAGACAAUGCUCUGAAUAAGUGUCAAGAGUAUGGAGUAAGAAACAUUCUUGCUCUCAGAGGAGAUCCACCUAAAGAAGGAGAGGAAUUAGUUAAUGACUGCCAUCUCGAGUAUGGAGUCGACCUUAUCAAGUAUAUUAAAGAAAACUAUGGAGACUACUUCUGCAUCGGUGUUGCAGGAUACCCGGAAACACAUCUUGAAGCAACUUCUCCAGAAGAUGAUCUCAAGUAUUUGAAGGAUAAAAUUGAUGCAGGAGGUGACCUCAUAAUCACUCAGCUGUUCUAUGAUAAUGAAGCCUUCUUUGAGUACGAAAGCAAAUGCAGAGAUCUCGGCAUCACUGUUCCUAUUAUUCCAGGUCUUUUGCCAAUUGUUUCCUAUUCAGGAUUCCAGAGAAUGACAACUCUUUGCCAAACAAGAGUACCCAAGUCAAUAUCUGAUAGAUUGGAGGAAGUCAAGCAUGAUGAUUCUAAGGUCAAAGAAUUUGGAGUAGACCUUACAGUUGAGAUGUGCCAGGAGCUUAUGGAGAAAGGUGUCAAAUUCUUGCAUUUCUACACUCUAAAUCUCGAAAAAUCUGUCGUUGAUACUGUCAUGAAGCUUGGAAUAAUGAAAAAGAAGAAAAGCCUUCCUUGGAAAAAGCCAUCAUUCAAAGAUAGAUCGGAGGAAAGUGUAAGACCUAUCUUUUGGGCCAAUAAGCCCAAAUCUUACAUUGCAAGGACUAAAGAUUGGGAUGAGUUCCCAAAUGGAAGAUGGGGUGUUUCUCGUUCUCCAGCCUUCGGAGAUAUGGGUGAAUAUCCUUCUAUGUCAAAGCUUUAUAAGAAGAGCACUAAGCAACUUAAGAAGCUCUGGGGAGAAGAAUACAACACUGAAAGAGAGAUUGGAAACCUCAUUAUUAGCUACAUCAAGGGCAAUACCAAGAGACUUCCUUGGUGAGAAGAAAAGAUUCAGGAUGAGACAUCUACCAUCAGUGAGUACAUUGAGAAGCUAAAUACCAACUAUCUUUUCACUGUCAACUCGCAGCCAAAAUGUAAUUCCGUACCUUCUCAUGACUCAGUCUUUGGAUGGGGUCCAGAUGGAGGAUACGUUUACCAAAAAGAAUAUAUUGAAUUCCUGAUUCCUAAAUUCUUGGUCGAACCACUCAAGACCUUCCUCGAAUCUUACAGAAAUAUAUCCUACCAAGGAGUAAACUCAAGUAGAGAUGAAUUCAGUAAUGUCGCCUCUGACAGUGUUAACGCAGUCACAUGGGGAGUAUUCCCUGGACAAGAAGUUGCUCAGCCUACCGUGGUUGAUCACACUGCCUUCUACCUCUGGUCUGAAGAGCUAUUCCAACAUAUCAAGGAAGAGUGGAUCCCGUUAUACGAGAAGGAAUCCAAGACUAGUGAAGUUCUAACAAGCCUUCAUGAUAACUACUACCUUGUGAAUAUCGUCGAUAAUGACUUUGUGAACGGAGAUUUACAAGAAGUCAUUGAAAAGUUCAUUAGUGAGAACCUUGAGGCUAUUAAUAGCUAUGAAGAAUAAAUAAACCCGAUUUAAUUUAAUGUUUCUCAAUA